UUGAAGGUCCUUACCAGUUACCACAGCGGUAAAGGGUCAACACACGGAGCGCAUAGUCUCUUCACCGCCAUUCUCACUCUCCUUCUCCCACUCUCCGCCUCUCUCUCUCUCUCUCUCUCUCUCCACCGUGGCCGGCGGCUCAUCGGGAGAAUGGGGCAGACACGCUCUCCCUGUUGCGAUCAUUCCCAAUUUUUCGACGAAAGCGAGAAGGAGGUCGCCGGCAUACUGCUGGAACUCCCUCGCCUAAUCUUGGAAUCUGACGACGCCGUACCCUUCUCGUGGGGCUGCAAGAAACCGAGAUCCGCCUCGCGUCCCGGUGCCAUCAAUUCAUCGUCUCCGUCGACGGCCGCCGAGUCCACCUGUACCAGCCCUAAUUCGCCGCUCUUGUUCCCCCCCAAAGAGUCUGAACACCAUCCUAGUCACUCCAAGAUAAGAAUCUCGCUCAAAAGGAAGGCAGAUAAUGUGAGCCAGAUGAGAGGCUUCGUUCCGGAACGAAAAGGAAAAGAACAGGGCCUUGUGAAACUGAAGCGCGGCCAACCCAGCGAGAAACUCCCCACUGUUCUGAAUCACCACGCUCCCGUGAUAAUGGCGGAGGAGAGCAGUCAAAACCCGUUAUGCAGUGAUCUGGGCCGCGUCGUGGAAGAGACGCCUGUCGCCGGCGCCGAUUACGGUCACUGGGCUAUCAGGAGGGCUCUCGCUGCCCAAGCUAGAAGAAGAAGGAUUGACUUCCUGAGGAUGAGGUCGAAAAGCCGCCGCGCAUGAAGACGUGUGCGUCUGAGUUUUUAUUUUUUAUUUUUUUGGUUCUGAUUAUGCUGACAAUCUAAUUUCUUUUUGGUCUCCUGAGUGUUGAUUCUUUCUCUGUUUUUUUUUUUUUUUUUGCCCUUUUGUUUUUUUGUAACCAUGAAGUUUUGUUUAGUUUAAGGUCGGCCGUAUAGUUUUAAUUUUGUAAACCACAGGGUCUAAUUUUUGACACAUUUAUCGGAUUUAGUAAUGCAAUAAUAAAAUUUUCUCUC